AUGGCGAACGACGAAGCACUCCACGAAAAAGAGGCCCUGAAGGAUUCAGAGCAAUUUGAGGACACAGAUGACGAAUCGCAGCCAGCUGAAUGCAACGGCGAUCUAGACUGCGGCAGUGACCGCGUCCUCGGUCCGAAGCGACAAUGCCCUUACUGCACUCUCGAAGCUCGUCCUGCUGCUCUCAAAGCUCAUACACGAAGCAUCUCACGCAGCAUCAACGACAGCUAG